AAAACCCUCAUUUCACUCCAACCAUCUAAAUUUGGCACUCUCGCAGGAGUACGCCUUACAUACCUAUCACUUAUAGUAUUCCGCAACAUGGGCACUAGGGCGAUUUUUGCUUUCGUGGUGAUGGCUGCCAUUCUCCAAGGCAGUGCGUUUGCUGCCAGUGGAAAGCCCAGGCGUGAGCUUCUCACGCAUCGUGUGCAAGCUGUGAAGCCAACUAUUGGCAGCGGUUGGAGAGCACGGGUGAACAGCAGGAUUGCUAGCGCCUCCAUUUCCACUGCUUCUAGCAGCACUACUGCUACUACUGGUGCCAGUGGUAGCAGCAUCAGCACUGGAAGCGAUGCAGCUACUGUAACCGAAGCGGCAGCAACGUCGUCCAACACUGCAACUGCAAGGGUUGCCGCAGCAGGUGUAGGGAAUUCAUCGCUGGGAGCGCAUCCCGCAGCAGUCAGUGCAACGCUGGGGACGACCACAGUGGGCACUAGUGCCACUUGUGACGCGUCAUCGCUCGCUGACUAUGCCUCUUCAACGCAGCUGUCCUCCGAUCUCACUCUCCACUGGAAGGCAGCCAGUGCGACCAAGGUCAACCUUGCCCUUGAAGCAGCAGCGGGGAGCUCGGCAGCAGCGGGGUGGUUCUCUGUGGCGUGGUCCUCAGAUGGCCGCAUGGCCCCAGCUGACACUGUUUUUGGCAACCUGCCGGGCGGGGCUGUGGCGGCUUACUACAUGAGCGGCUAUGGGAUGAGCGACGUUCAGCCUACAAGCAGCUUCAGUAUUGGCAACGCUGUCCAAACUACAUCGGCUUCCGGCUCCACUAUUAUUGAGUUCUCCCGCGUUUCCAGCGAUGGUUCCAUCCCAGUGAACGUUGGCGGCAGCAACACUCUCAUCUGGGCCUACUCUGAAAGCGGCUCCAAGUCACUUGACUUCCACGGCGAGAAUGACUACACCUACUCUGCCCCCCUUGACUCCUCUCUCACGCUACACUGGAAGACCGUUAGUGCUACUCAGGUCAACCUCGCCCUGGAGGCAGCAGCGGGCAGCACGGCAGCAGCGGGGUGGUUCUCCCUGGCGUGGACUGCGGACGGCCGCAUGGCCCCGGCUGACACUAUCAUUGGCAACCUGCCGGGCGGGGCUGUGGCGGCUUACUACAUGAGCGGCUAUGGGAUGAGCGACGUUCAGCCUACAAGCAGCUUCAGUAUUGGGAGUGGUGCGGCGCUGACUACCACUUCCAGUGGCUCCAAGGUUAUGAAGUUCUCUCGGGCCCAGGGCGAUGGCUCCAUCCCAUGGUGCGCUCACCCUCGACUUCUCAUGCGCCACUUCAUCCACCGGAGGUGGCAUCGGCGGUGGCGUUGGUGGCGGCAUUGGCGGCGGUGACAACAACGGAGGUGGCUUUGGAGAUGGAGGCCAUGGGCAUGGGCAAGGCGGUCACG